AUGCUGCGCUGCUGCCUUCCACGACGUGGUAUUGUGCAGACCGUGAAGAAAGACAACUACGUACUAUCUCGCUUGUCGAACGGUUUGCGUGUGUUGACAUGCGAUGAUGGAAAUGGCAUCACAGGCAUGGGCCUUUUUAUGUUAAAUGGAACAAAAUUUGAGGAUGAGAAGAAUACAGGGGCGGCGGCCGUAUUUGAAUCGUUGCCGCUGCGCAGUAACCAGAUAUUUACCGGCCGCGAGAUCAGUGAGGCGCUUGGUUCACUCGGUAACGCCUUCAAGGUGACAAAUAACAAGGAGGCCAUGUCGGUUAUGCUCAUGAUGCCACGAUAUCAUCAGAAGGAUGGUCUUGAGCUGCUCAACGCAAUGUGCCUGCACCCGACGCGGGAUGAGGUGGAGUUUCAAAUUGCAAAGGAGAAGACCGGUGAACGGGCGGGCCUACACCACCGCGAUGCGACGAGUGUCUGCCUGGAACUUGUGCACGAGGCGGGGUGGAAUGGCAAGGGGCUUGGACAACCUCUCGACCCCAAAAAGGAGGAUCUUGACAACCUGACACUUGAGAAGUUUACCGCCUUUCACCGCACCUAUACCCGACCCGAGCGCACCGUACUUGCUGCAACAGGGGUCGCCGAUCACAAGCAAUUUGCCGCUGAAGCAGAACUUAUUUUGAGUUUUGACAGUGAGACGGCACCUCUUGGCGCCCCACGUAAGCAUCCGUACACGGGCGGCAGUCGGCUGGUGCAGAAGACGGAGGCUCCAGAGAGCAUGAACAAAUUUCAAGAGAAGAAUCUCAGUCAUGUUGCACUUUUCUGUCAGGGUGUUCCUAUGAAUCACCCAGACUACUACAACAUCAGUGUUAUUCAAACUCUUUUGGGUGGUGGGACGUCUUUUAGCUCUGGAGGUCCUGGAAAGGGCAUGCAAACAAAAAUUUUUCGUGAAGUGUUGAACAGGGAGGGAUUCUUGCACGGGCUGGAGUGCAUUACGGCAUGGUACAGUGACGGUGGUCUCAUUGGACUCUAUGGAAGUGCACCACAUGAAUACGUUUACGCACUUUUGAAGGUGAUGAUUUAUCAAGCUGCCUCCAUAUGUCAGCGUGUGAGUCCUUUGCAUCUUGAAAUGGCAAAGAACCAGCUGCGGUCGCAGCUUAUUCUACUUGGUGAGGGCCGUGAGCAGCUACUCUCUGACAUGGGAUUCAAUAUGGUGGUGCAUGAUCAUAUCAUUACGGCGAGCGAGACAACGGAAGGAACUAAACAUAUUACCAUUGACGAAUUAAAACGAGUCUGCGCUGAAAUGGUUCAGAGACCGUUAACUUUUGUUGUGUACGGCGAAACAACAAAAAUGCCGUCGCAUGAAAAGCUGGAGGAGACAGUACGAAAAACAUAUGAAAGGCUCAAUUGA